UCCGUCUCCGUCUGCCAUAGAAGAGGAGGCGCCGCCAUGUCUGCGCAUCUGCAAUGCAUGGUCGUUCGGAACUGCUCCAGUUUCCUGAUCAAGAGGAAUAAGCAGACGUACAGCACCGAACCCAAUAAUCUGAAAGCCCGGAACUCCUUCCGCUACAGCAGGCUGAUUCACUGCAAGACAGUGGGAGUGGAGCCCACGGCCGACGGCAAAGGGGUCGUGGUGGUCAUGAAUCGCAGAUCCGGUCAGCGCAAACCAGCUACUUCUUACGUAAGGACCACCAUCAACAAGAAUGCACGGGCCACCCUGAGCAGCAACAGGCACAUGAUCCGAAAGAACAAGUACCGCCCCGAUCUGCGCAUGGCGGCCAUCCGCAGGGCCAGUGCCAUCCUACGAAGCCAGAAGCCUGUGGUGGUGAAGAGGAAACGGACCCGUCCCACCAAGAGCUCCUGAGCCCUACACCCCAGAAGCAAUAAAGUCUACUGACUUUUUUCAA